AUGUUCUUUUCAAGAGGCCUUCUGUGCUCUAAAGCUCGAUUGCCAUCCUUGUUCCAAAAAUUCACGCCGCAAUUGAAGCAGUCUACUUUUAGAUACAUCUCAUCUGCAUUAAAUACCCAAAAUUCAUUAAAGCUUCAGUACAAAAGAUACUAUUCAACUAACCAUGAUGACCCAAAGAAACUAAAUAAGCAUAUACAGAAUGAUUUGAAAAAGGAGACACAAAAGGAACUCCCGAAACAGGAGCUAGAUUGGGUUCCUAAAACCAAAGAGGAAUUUUUAGCUAGAGCCAAUGGUUUCAGUCAAAGAAUGAGAGUAAGAGCAAAAUGGCUACUCAAGAGGAGCAUGAGACCAUUCAAUGUUGAUGACUUUAGUGCUUUUUUCUCCUGGAUAGUGAUGGGUAAUGUUUUGUUGAUCAUAUUGGGUACUACAACGUUUGCAUCUUUGAUAAUUUAUUUGAUGAAUACGGUAUUUGCCCAAGAAUUAGUUGCAAAGACAUUGGGUAAUUUCAUCACAAAAAACACAGGAAUGACUGUUGUUUUUGAAAGUGCUAUAGUUCCAGGAUGGAGAGAUGGUAAGAUCUCUUUUAACAAAUGUUUUGUUUCCAAAAGACCAAAAAAUAGAAAUAAAAGUAAAUUUGAGAAAGGUUCUCAAGCAGAUGCCAUUGCAAAUGCUGUUGCUCGAGGUGAUGGACAGAUCUCAGAAGCUGAUGGUGAUGAACCUUAUGAUGAUGGUAAUUAUACGCAAUUUGAUUUAACUAUUGACCAAGUGAAUGUUUCGUUUUCUUUUAGCAAGUUUGUCAAUGGGCGUGGUAUCUUGGACGAAGUUGAAGUUAAUGGUCUUCGAGGUAUAGUGGAUAGAACCCAUGUUCGUUGGGCAAAAGAUGAUGAUCCAAGAAAUUAUAAAAACAUUCAUAGACAAGGUGAUUUUGAAAUAAGUAACUUUAAGAUGAAUGAUGUUUUAUUUACCCUAGCACAACCUAGUGGAUUCAGGCCUUUUAAUGUUAGUAUUUAUAGUUGUGAUCUGCCGAUAUUGAGAAAGAAUUGGUUGUUUUAUGAUUUCUUGAAUGCAAACAAUAUAUCAGGUUCAUAUGAUGAUUCCUUAUUCACCAUUCAUAAGCGUCAAAGAAUCAAUGAUUUCAAAGAUGAUUCAGCUGAUAAGAACUCACCGUGGAAAAGAGUGACAAGAUGUAGAGUUGAUGCUUUAAACGUUGAUCAUUUGAACACUGGGUUAGAAGGACCAUUUGGAUGGAUUACAAGUGGUGAAGUUGAUAUGAUUGGAGACAUUAUGGUUCCAGAAGAUGAAGGUGUGAAUAUGGUUGAAAUACUCUCUGCAAUUACAGAUAGUUUAGCUAAAGAGGCAAGAAGAGCCAAAAUAUUAAAACCUGAAUCAAAAGAAACCGAGGAAAGCAAUACUGAUGUUACAAAAUAUUUCAUCAUGGAUCUACAAAUCAAGUUAAACAAUGUCAAAGCAGCUGUUCCAAUAUUCACAAAUGAUUUGUCAUAUGUUAACAAUGCGCUGGUUAGACCAAUUGUUGGUUAUAUUAAUUCAAGAAAAACUUAUAUCCCAAUAAACUGUCGUAUUGUGAAGAAAUUGGAGGAUUUUGAUGGAAGUUGGACAGUUUAUGAUUCUUUGUUAAUGGACGACAUGAGUAUAGAAGUUUACGAUGCAUUUGCAAACUAUGUUGCUAAUGAAGAAGUGAGGACGAUUAGAAUCAAGAGAGUUGGUUUUUGGACUUUACAAAUUUUAUUUCAACUACUUUUGAUGAGUUUAGGGGCCAUUGCUUGA